AUGAGUUACUAUAGAUACACCAUUUUUAGUUGUAAGAGAUUUUUUACUUCCAAACCUUGGAGUUAUAAAGAAGCCUUUCAAUGGCAACAAUCUUUUAAUCGACAACAAAUUCCAAAAGAAGACAUUUCAAUUUCAUUUAAUCGAAGUAGCGGACCUGGAGGACAAAAUGUCAAUAAAGUAAACACAAAAGUUGAAUUGCGAUUGUCACUUUCAAAAAAAAUCAAUUGGAUUCCAGAUUAUGCAAUAGAGAGAUUAUUAAAAAGGACAAAUAAAAAUGGAGAGUUAAUUAUUACAUCAGAUAAGACACGAUCACAAACAAAGAAUAUAGAUGAUUGUUAUCACAAGUUAGUUGAUAUGAUAAAAGAUUCAGUAUCCGUAUCAAAAGAACCAGAUCAAGCUACUUUACAGCGAAUUGAACAAUUGUAA